CAACAAACCGACUCCAGUGUGAUGAGCUACUUCAUUAAAUUAUUAGUAGUUACCCUUUUAAAUGUUAAAUGUGUUGAAAGAUCAAUGAGACAUGAAUUAUAGUCUUAAAUGAUGAUAAACCUUUCAUGGUCUGUCAUUGCGUCCCCGAGUUAUCUGAAAGGGUGACAGGCUGCUUCAGUGAUCUUUGUAACGUAGAGCAGAUGUUGAAGCAUCAGUCUGUCCACUAACAGCAAAUACAUGCAUCUUUGAAGUUAAAUAUCCUUUUAUUAUGUUGGCACUUCCAACUAUCUGUCGGGGUUUAUGGAGGUCUGCGGUCCACGCACGCAGGACAAGGGGAAGGGCCUCCGCUUGUCAACGUUUGUCCACCUGUGGUGGAGUCUCAGCCGGGCUGGGAGAUGCUGACACCAUCUUUGCAUUGUCGUCAGGUCACGGCAGGUGUGGGGUGGCUGUGGUUCGUGUCAGCGGUUCUGCUUCAGUCACAGCCUUGAGGUCCAUGGCUGGACUCUGGCAGCGCCUGCCCUCUCCACGAACAGCCCUGUUACGCAGCAUCACAGACCCCCUCUCCAAAGAAGUGCUGGACCGUGGACUGGUCCUCUGGUUCCCAGCUCCUCAUAGUUUCACAGGUGAAGACAGUGUGGAGUUCCACAUCCACGGAGGUCCUGCUGUCAUUACGGCUGUCUUACAGGCUUUAGGAAGCAUGCCUGGCGUGAGGCCUGCUGAGGCUGGGGAGUUCACGCGGAGGGCUUUUCAAGCAGGAAAACUGGGUUUAACCGAGGUGGAAGGGCUGGGGGAUCUGAUCCACGCGGAGACGGAGGCCCAGCGCAGGCAGGCUCUCAGACAGAUGUCAGGAGAGCUGGGACGCCUCUACCAGGACUGGAGCCGGCGGCUGAAGCGGAGUCUGGCUCACGUGGAGGCCUUCAUCGACUUCGGCGAGGAUGAGCUCAUCGAGGACGGGGUGUUGGGCCGAGUGGACAGCUCGGUGUGCGACCUGCAGGCAGACAUCGUGGGACACCUGACAGACGAAAGAAGAGGCGAGCGGCUUCGCAGCGGCGUCCAGGUGGUCAUCGCAGGAGCCACCAACGCGGGGAAGAGCAGCCUCCUCAACACACUCUGUCAAAGACCGGCAGCCAUCGUGUCUCCCAUUGCCGGGACCACCAGAGACGUGGUGGAAACGGCGCUGGACAUCGGAGGCUUCCCCGUCCUCUUGAGUGACACAGCCGGCCUCAGAGACAGCUCGGACCUGGUGGAGCAGGAGGGGGUUCGCCGGGCUCGGGAAAGGGUGCAGCAGGCGGAUCUGACUCUGCUGGUCGUGGACUCGGUCUGCCUCCCCCCUGAGGUGCCGCAGGCAGCAGCGUUCCUUCGGGAGCAUGUGAGGAGCGUGCUGCCCCCCCAGGAGCAGCCUGGUGCAAGCGGGUGUCUCCUGGUCCUGAACAAGACGGAUCUGCUGCCCGAAGCUCAAAGACAGAACCUGGACAGAGGCCUGAGACAGAGCUCUGAGCUCCCACCGGUGUGUCUGAUCUCCUGUCAGACGAACGAAGGGCUGACAGACUUCCUGGCAAUCCUGCACAGCAGCGUCAAGACCCUGUGUGGUGACCCUUUGUCUGGUGCCCCCACCCUGACCCAGGCUCGCCACCGGGCCCACCUGCAGCACUGUGUGGCGGCUCUGGCUCAGUACCAGCGGUACCGUGACACUGACCUGGCCCUGGCAGCCGAGGGUGUCCGGUUGGCCCUCACCAGCCUGGGCAGGAUCACUGGCCGGGUCGGGGCGGAGGAGAUCCUGGAUAUCAUCUUUAAAGACUUCUGCAUUGGAAAAUAGAAAAAGUAGGACAGAAAACAUGAAAACACGGUGCAUUCUCGGCGUCCCACGGCAUCACUUAAGAAAAGUAGGACAAACGGGGCACGUCCUCGGCACUGCACCAAGUUUCUAGGCACAAUCCGGGCACAAAGAGUGAAAUUUUUGUUCUGGGCUGUGAAGGACCUCGACUCCCAUGAUGUGGACCCGUCUGUUUACCGUCGGCCCGUUUUAUCAGGCAGAAAUAGUUCUGCGUGAGCACCUCAGAGGCCCAGUUUACUGAGAACGUGUUUGGCAACUGUUGAAUCAUAAUUUAAAAUAGAUUUCCAAAGCCUUUGUUGGGUGAAUAUCGGCCUCCAGGGUGGCAUCAUAAUAGCCAAGAAUGUUUAAAAUAAAACCAGCUGCAGGCCUCUCCAAGGUCAGAAACUGAAUGUUUGGGUGUUUAUUUAUAACUCAGGAAAAUGACAUGCAUGUUUGUGUUAUUUGGGGCUUUUUUUGUGGCGUGGGGAAUAUUACAUACUGGGAGGAACUAUUACAGGUAUUUAUUGUGGGAUAUGCGAUCACCUGUUUUCGUUUUUUAAACAAAUAAAUGGAACAUUUUGCACAUCUCUUGUUUAAAUAUUCUGUUUUAAGCUAUUUUUUUUGGUAUUUAAGAAGCUCCAAAGCACUAGGAUUAGUUUUUUUUAAAUUAUAAGAUAAUAGCAACAUUUUCAGGCAGUUUCUUCUCAACUUGUAAAAAAAAAAAUGCAAUGA